GAGUAAAACAUAAACAGGAUGGUUUUAAAAAUCAUUAGUUAACGCGGUUAACUCGGCAUCACGAAAAAAAAAACAUAAAAACACCGUAAAAAAUCUAAGUGAGCACUUCAAAUAUAGAUAUAGUAUAAUAAAUCACAAACAAGUACCCAACACGUGACUUCCGUCCAGGUAUAAAAGCAAAAACUGGUGAACUUUCUUGACUUCAAAACGAUGAAAUACGUAGAAAUAUUUUUCUGUACUGUGGUUUGUGGUGCUUUCGCUACGCACCCCGAAAAAAAUUUGGACCACCACCUGGAAAACAACAAAGAAAAAGGAUGCAAUGAAGAACCAGAACGUCUUGUCCUUACGUAUAACCCUAAAACUCAAAUCCAACUAAUAGUGAACGAGACAGCUCACACAGUUCCCGUUUUGGACUACUCCAACAACAUUACCACUCUCUACAAUGGUAGAACUCGAUCUGCAUUAUCCUUCAACUUUGAAACCGGAAUAUCGGUAUUCAUUCCACCUGGAUCCUCCAAAAUGACAUGGGACAGCUCCGAACAAAGCUUCACUGAUUUCUUCGCAGAAUUACCUUCUCAAACCAAGAUCUACAAAUAUGGUGAAACUCAUGGGGUGCGUUUCGACCCCAUGCACGUCCCGGAAGACAUCUCCGAAGAAAUGGGGGCCAUUUUAGAAUCAGUCAGCCAAGAAUACAAAGAACGAUGUGAAGCUCUAUCUGUAGUACUACACAUUUCCCGAAUAACAUCAAACUACUUCAAAACUUCCAUGGUUGGAUACCCACAAGUCAUGGGGAGCGUAAACGCCGAGUUUAGGGGCGACUUAAAAUGGCUGUUCGGUUUUUAUCAAGGUUUGGGGGAGUUUUUCGGAAAAAUCGACGGAGGGAUGACCAUUUUGGCCAAAAAGAAAGUCAAGCUCGACUUGGGGAAGGCACUCACUGAGAAAACUGGCAUUCAUGUCAUGAUUUACUUCCUGAAGGUGUUGCACGAAAAGUUCGACGUAGGGAAACUCUUAGGGAAGGAUUUGAAUUCUGUGGAAACUUUCUUCCCUCUUGUUGAUAUGUUAGGGGGUAUGCUUGGUUACGGUUUCGACGGAUUUGUCCACAUAUUGAGUGAGAUUGUGAGGUUUAAGAUUGGUCAUAACUCCAUACAAAAUGUGGAGACUCUGUUGAACGAAUAUUGCAGUAGUCCGAAAACGAAUAGAGCGAUUGUGAAAGAGACUUGGAAAGGGAGUAUUGACGAUUUUUUGAAAACUCUUGACGAUUUGAAAGUGAAGAAGGAUUUUAAAGGGUUGAGUAAGGUUUUGACGGAGAUACGUGAGGGUAGAUGGAUUUAUAAGAAAGUAGAUUUGGGGAAAAUUUCCAAAGUAAUUAUGAAGCUUGAAUUUCCUUGUAAUAAAGAACUGGUUGGGGAAAUUUUGAAUUUACUUGGAACAACUUCUUAAUGAUUGGUGUUUGUAUUAAAAAAGAAGGGUUUGUGUAAUUUUCACCAAAUUUCAAUAAAACAUUGUAAUUCUGA